AUGGUCCUCGUUUCGGGCAAAAAGCUGAAGUUGGUCAAAAAGAGGGCUCGCCGUUUCACUCGUCACGAGUCGGACAGAUAUCUACGCAUUCGACCGAACUGGCGACGACCCCAUGGCAUCGACAAUCGAAUGAGACGCCGAUCCAAGGAACAAGGGAAAUGCCCAACAUCGGAACUUCGAGAUGCUCUUGAUGCAAAACCAAAAGUAUGUGCUGAAAUCGCUCACGCUGUUGGUGCUAAGAAGAGGAGAGACAUUGUCGAAAGAGCAAAACAACUAAACAUCAAAUUGACCAAUGGUAACGCACGAAUUCGGACUGAAGAAAAUGAA